GAGCAAAACCGUGUGCUUCAGCCUACAGUGUUUCGUAAGAACUUUCGUCACAUACCGGGUUAAAAUCGGACGCAAAGAUUCACUCUCAACGCAUUUAAUUGAUGUAGCGGAUACAUUUCGACCAGCUUCACACGAUUAUGCGCCUCGGACAUCUGGGAAAGAUUGGAAUCGGCUGGGGCAUCAUCAGUGUUCUGGGCAUUGGCGCAUUCGUCGCAUCGAAACAAUCGGUAGACAAGAAUCGGUAUGAGAAUAUGAAAAUUCGGGAACGAAUGCGUCAAUCGAACGUUGGACAAUACGAAGUAAAGGAAGCACGACGAUUCGACGUUUAGUGGGAACGGGAAAAAAAACGCGUUCACAAUCUACCUCGGUUCGGUAAAGCUUGACCAGAGGCAGCAAAAGCAAUAUUUAAAAGUACAAUACGCCAUUUCCUGGAUUGUUAAGUGAAGCAGGUGAAUUUAAAACCUAAACGAGCCCCACCAUGAACAUGCCCGAGAUGAAUGCGGCGCAGCAAGCCAAGCUGCAGCUGAUGCAGGAGAUGGAAAUAGAAAUGAUGUCGGAUUUGUACAGCCGCAUGACACAGGCCUGCCAUAAAAAGUGCAUCCCGCCGAAGUAUGCCGAUUCGGAGCUGGGGAAAGGCGAGUCGGUGUGCAUCGACCGAUGUGUGGCAAAGUAUCUAGAGGUGCACGAACGGAUCGGCAAAAAGCUUACCGCCAUGUCGGCGCAGGACGAGGACCUGAAGAAGAAGAUGGGCGCGUAGAGAGGGAACGCACGCUGGGCGAGCCACGCGUUUCCUUCGCUUUUAGAAUUAUGUCUGGUUUACACCUCAUGUGUUGUUUGUUUUAACGUUUUCUCAUUCACCGGUUCGUAACAGUAGCAGGCCAAGAUGAGAUACUACUACACACGCUAGUUUUCAGUCAGGCGGCCCCCCCCCUAAAUCUAUUCGCCGUACCACUCGUCAGUGUACACCAUUCAGCGUAGAUUACAUUACAUAUGCUCGAAAACCGAUCGACGAAAUGGGGUUAAUAAACGGGGCGGCUUGAUUGUAAUCGUCAGAA